CACACGUUAACUGCAAGGCUCAUCCUCCUCUCCCGAGAGGAGAUUGGCUCUCUCUGCUCCGUAUAAUGCAGCCAGACACGCGUUCCUGAAGUAUUAAGGACCCUGUCGUGUCAUCCUUGUGUGGACCCAGCAUGGAGCAGGAGGAGGAGGACGACGAAUACAGCCUGGAGGCGAAAUUUGCAGCCGCAGUUAAAGUGAUCCGGAGUUUACCCGAAGAAGGUCCUUUCCAGCCUUCGGAUGACUUGAUGCUGAUGUUUUAUAGUUACUACAAGCAGGCUACCAUGGGGCCGUGUCACAUCCCCAGACCAACUGGCUUCUGGGGCAAUCGGGGCAAAGCUAAAUGGGACGCAUGGAGCUCUCUGGGAAACAUGACAAAGGAGGAAGCCAUGAAGAAUUACAUAGAGCACAUCCAGCUGAUUCUGGAGACCAUCCCGAUCUCGGAGGAAGUUGCGGAGCUGGUGCAGAGGCUUGGCAACUUCUACACGCAGGUGGACGGAGAGGGAGAGGAAGAGGGAAAUGAAGCAGACACCAGACCCUUCACCAGGCCUUUUGCAGGCCAUGCAGAGGAGCUGGGUAAAUCGUUGAAGAAGCCAGCAAUGGAAGGCUAUGGGGACCUGUGGGAGGAUAUCCAAAACCUCCGAGAGAAAGACAGAGACAGCAGUGUGCUCGGACAAAGCGCGAGCAGCGAGGAGGCAGAGGGACGCAUGCUGAUAAAAGAGGAGAGUGGGGAGUGGAGGACAAGCGAGGAGAAGGAGAACUGGAACGAUGACUUCUGUGCCAACAGUGAGGAGACAAGAGACUGGGACCAGGACACGCGCUUUUUAACAGUGGAGGACAGGAGACUGAGGUCAGACACUAAGGGCUCCGGCAGCAGCAUGGAGCCCAGCGUUUCCUCCUUCACCAACGGCACCCACAGCUCCCUCAACAGCGAGGAGGAGGAGAAAGAACUGGGCUGUUCCAUGGAGCCCGGUGUGCAGUAUAACCCUUACUUGCACUUUAACGGAUACCUUAAUGAUGACAACAGUGCUAGUCUUGAGUGGUACCAUCGACCCCCAGACUCUGACAAUGAGGAAUUUUGUGACUCAAUGGAGCAGCUAGCGAUGGAAGAGCGGCUGCCUCCAUCUAAAGGCCAGUCCCCUGGGUCAGGAGCUACCUCAGUGAAGGCAAGCGACGUUUGGUUUGAGAGCAGCACCACCCUGAAAGAUGCUGAAGAUGAAGCAGGAAGAGAUUUCUACAUGAUAGAGAGUUUGGGUCCAAGCAAACACAGCAGCUCCUUAUCAAAAAGAGGAAGAGGUUGUUGCUCACCAAGAUCCACCUGCAGCCCCCUGUGUGGUGUAAGAGCAGAUGCCGCCUGUGGUUGUGUGCCACAGAGCAGACAUCCUGCCACCGUGACAACGGGAAACACCAACGAGCAAAUAGCAGCUGCUCUGCUGAGGCUGCAGCACAACAUGGCCAACGUGCUGCAUAGGCUGCACAGUCUGGAGGAGCUGACUAGAUCACAGUCGAGAUCCCCUUCUCCAAGACAGGAAGGCUUUUUACCUGUUGCACGAAAGUUCCUGAGACCAUCUUGGUGGCCUUUUCACCUCUCCCCAUUAAUUGUGGUGUUGGCAGCGCUCUGGCCUCUGAUCACUCACUGGCUUGUCCAACUUUAUUUCCAGCGUAAAAGAAGGAAAAUGCCAUAAGGCUUCUGACCAUCGACAGGAAUCAAAGAUGCACUUUUUUUCCACUGUGGCUUUACUUAAGCCAACAUCCUGGAGGGCAAUGAAGUAUAAAUCUGAAAGACCAGGGAAAUGAGUCCUUUUCGUUACCAAGAGGAGACCCUUUAGGUGUAUCUGAAAAGGGAUAAUUAUAGUCUGUUGUGGGACUCUGAUCACCAAGACACUGUUAAACCUAUUACUCUCAUAAAUUAAAUAGAAAUUAAAUAUUAGUUUAUGAGUAUAUGGUGACUAUACACUAUAAGUCUUUGGAGUUGUCUGAAAUAUCAUUAUCAAUCAUUUGCUUGAUAGAAAUUAUUGUGUAAUUAGGUUUAUUUUAAUGUCUUAGAAAGGUACAUUUAUAAAUGUAUUAGUGUUUAAUGUGUUUUUCAGAUAUUUGAAUCUGCUGGGGGCAUUUCUCUUGAUACCAGAUAUACUUUUCAUGUAACAAGCAGUGAUUUUAAUUUAAAGUUGUCUAUUUAGUUUGUAGAAGCGUUGCAGUGAUAUGUAAGGACCCCUGCUUACACACAGACGAGUAGCUGAAGAGGUGCAAUAUGCUGCUGACUAGUGAGUCAGCCUUUUUUUUUGUCCUUUAUAAAUAUAUUGAGUGAGAAAAAAUUAAAGAGGAGGUGUUCUUUAAAAUAAUAGAGAAAUUGAAAUAAUGAAAUGACAGAAACAAAAUAGCAACUAAGAGACAACAAAGACAAACUGCUACAGAUGUCUUGAAUGUGUCAGGAGGCUUUUCAGUAUGGGAGUCCAGAAGGAGCCUGUUUAUGUCUUAAGUUAUAUUUUGCAAUGUAGACCCAAGAGAGUACAGGCAAUCUAUCUUAGCCUUCUCUAAGUCAUCUUGUCAGUUUUACAUUGAAAAUUAAGAAACUGUACACUUUAGAUGAACAAACGGCAAGUCUGGUUGUAAUAUGUAAGUGUAUGAAACGGAUUUGAAAUAUACAAUAAAACAUUUUUGGAACAAA